AUGCCUGAUCCUCCAAAUUCAGCUGGUAGAAAAACUCAAGCUACUCAAGAAAUUGAUAGUAACGCACCUCCAAUUCCUACAAGAAAACGAUACAAAGGACAAGCACAUUCUAGUGAUUCAAGUCGACAAAAAUCCAAAGAAGACAAUGAAUUACUUCAAAUUCCUCCCGAAAAUUUAGAUUUUAACAGCGUCCAACGUAUACAAAGUUUAGCUUCAAAAUAUAAACAAUUGUUUGAACAAGUUGAUCAAGAAAAAGGAACUUUAAUUAAUCAAAGACAUGAUUUGCAAUUAAGGUACGAUGAAAUUCAAGGGAAAUUCGAAACAGAGAAAAAGCGUUUGCAACAGAGAGCGCAAGAUUCGGAAGUAGAAGUGUCAAAUUUAAAGAAACAAUUGGUAGAAUCAAAGGCAGAAGCUUCGAUGUAUCAGAGUGCACUUGGUAAAGCCACAAAUGUAAGGUGGGGAGAUGAGGAUAGUAAUAAUCUUGUACAAUUAACAAAAGUUAUUACAGAAAUCGUUAAUUCACUUACGGAAGUUACUACAGUAAAAGGGAGAGAUAUUACGAUUGAUGAUGAUGCCGCGAAUGAAUUAUUUCAAAAGUACAAUUGUUCAACUAGGAUUAGUGUCAAAACUCAUGCAGUUUUUGCUAAUAUUAAAAAAGAUUCUCCAAAACGUUCUUCCUCCUUAAUUGUUCCAAAAAGUUAUCCGCAACCAGUUGUGAUAGAUCAAAAUAAUAAUUUAGAGGCGGAAAUUUAUUUAUCAAUGACCCAAUUAGUUGGUUUGGUUAACCAUUUAGCUGAAGCACGUACAGGAACCGAUGACAUCACAAAAAUCACUCCAAUAAAAAUUCGUCAACAAAUUUAUGCCGUGUUGGGUACAAGAGGUUUUUGUAAAAAUAAUCAUCCAUUUAUCGAUCAACUCACGACAAAAAUCCUCGACACGCUUUCUCGUUAUCGUCAAAUAAAAAAUGAAGAACGUUUGGCUGAUUUAAAAGAACAUACUAUUAAAUUAAUUAGAGAAAUUGUACAUUUAUAUUUCAGAUUAAAUGCUCAAGAACCUGUUCCUGACUUUAAAGAUUUCUUUGAGGCAGGAACUCCUGUACAAAAUAAUGUUAUGGAUGGUGCUUGGGAUGAUGAUUUAAUUGAUAAUUUGGAAGUGGAAAUUUGUAGUUUUCCAUUGAUUAGUGUAAAGAGCUCUAAAGAUCAAAGUAAAAGAGUCCUUUGUAAAGCUCAAGUUGUUACCAGAUCAAAAAAUAAUUAA